AGCAGAACCUGACCAGUCAAGUAAGCUUCGAUUCCCGUCUCUCUCUUCACUCCUAGGGUUUUACUGUAACAACCAAACCAAGUCAGAACCCAAAAUCAAAUUGAAGCCAUGAAGCUCACAUGGCUCAGUUCAGUGGAAAAUGCCCACGAUGACUCGGUGUGGGCUUGCACGUGGGUCCCAGCCACUGACGACCGGCAAGGCCUACUCCUCACCGGCUCGCUCGAUGAGACCGUAAGGCUCUGGCGACACAACGAUGGCCUCGCACGUGUCAAUACCUUGACCGGCCAUUGUCUCGGAGUCGUCUCAGUCGCCGCUCACCCUUCUGGUAGAAUCGCGGCCUCGGCUUCGAUUGACAGCUAUGUUCGCGUCUUCACUGUGGAUGGAAAUGACACAAUUGCCACUCUCGAUGCUCCUUCCUCUGAAGUCUGGCAAUUGCAAUUCAAUCCCCAGGGCACAACUCUAGCAGUUGCUGGAGGGAGCAGCGCAUCAGUCAAGUUAUGGGAUACUGCAGAAUGGAAACUGAAUGCCACCCUAUCGAUUCCCCGUCCUGAAGGAAUAAAGCCCUCAGAUAAAAGUGGCAACAAGAAGUUUGUCCUCUCAGUAGCAUGGAGCCCUGAUGGGAGACAUCUGGCUUGUGGCUCAAUGGAUGGCACCAUCUCUGUCUUUGAUGUAGCACGUGCCAAAUUCCUACACCACCUGGAAGGCCACAACAUGCCUGUGCGCUCCCUUGUGUAUUCGACUGCACCUCUUGAUAAAAGGGUACUCUUUUCCGCCUCUGAUGAUGGCCAAGUGCACAUAUAUGACUCAGAGGGUAAGACGUUGAUUGCGUCUCUGUCGGGUCAUGCAAGUUGGGUUUUGAGCGUGGAUGCGAGCCCAGAUGGUGCAGCAAUUGCAACGGGCUCCAGUGACAGGACUGUGAGACUCUGGGAUCUUAAAAUGAGGGCAGCUACACAAAUACUGACCAACCAUACAGACCAGGUUUGGGGAGUGGCAUUUCAACCACCAGGAGGGACUGGUGUGCGAAAUCACCUACUCGCAAGUGUAUCUGAUGACAAGGGCAUAUCACUCUAUAGCUACUCCUGAAGGUAUGUAUGUAGCUUGUUUCCAGUGGUUGGGAGGACAUUGAUGAUUAGUUCUCAAUUCAGAUGUGUUGCUUCUUGUGGUACUGUUCAUGGGUAUUGUAUCGAAAAUACUUUGGGGCUUUAUAGCGAAUACCGCAUACUUAUGUUUAGUUUAUGGGUAAGUCCUUUGUACUGAUUUGAUGCCAUACCAAACCAAAAUUUACAAGUAAUUAGGGCUAGUUAUAAUUUAUUUUAGAGUCAAGUGAUGACUAAAAAAUGUUUGGUACGAUUCUAUGCGAUUAAGUUA